AUCUCGAGGCAGCAGUGAAGAGACGGACCAGCAGGAAUCUCUCCACAAGCUGCUGACCUCCGGAGGACUCAGCGAGGAGAACUUCAGACAGCAUUUUGCCGCCCUCAAAGCAAACGUCAUCGAGGCCAUCAAUGAGUUACUGACCGAGCUGGAGGGAACGACUGACAACAUCGCGAUGCAGGCUUUGGAGCACAUUCACUCUAAUGAGGUCAUCAUGACUAUCGGACGCUCUCGCACCGUCGAGGCCUUCCUCAAAGACGCCGCACGCAAACGCAAGUUCCAUGUCAUCGUUGCAGAGUGCGCCCCCUUCUGCCAGGGACACGAGAUGGCAACCAGCCUCUCGAAAGCCGGCAUCGAAACAACCGUGAUCACAGACGCUGCCAUAUUCGCAGUCAUGUCUCGUGUUAAUAAGGUCAUCAUCGGUACGCAGACAGUUCUGGCGAACGGAGGUCUGAGGGCCGUAAAUGGGACGCACACUCUGGCUCUUGCAGCGAAGCACCACUCAACGCCGCUGAUCAUUUGUGCUCCCAUGUUCAAGCUCUCGCCUCAG